AUGGUUAGACUCUCGAGUUUGGUGGCGGCGGUCGCAGCAUGCGGCCUGGCAAGAGCACAUACAGUCAUCACAUACCCUGGCUGGAGAGGGAACAAUUUACACAUGAAUGGUUCGGCACCAGAGGACUGUCCGGAAUGUCUAGGUAUAAUGUAUGAUCAGAAUGGCACCCAAUCGUUCCCUUGGGGCAUGCAGUGGAUGUAUCCUUGUGGCGGUAUGCCUCAAACCACAAACCGAACCUUUUGGCCGCUAUCAGGCGGUGCGCUCUCGGUACAGCCCGGAUGGUUUCCUGGGCACAGCAAAGCAUUCUUCUACAUCAAUAUCGGCAUACAAGAAGAAGGCCAACUAGCGCCGCCAAACAUGUCACAUCCAGUUGUACCGCCUUUUGAGAUCACAGGACCUACGAACGACGAGUAUCCCGGACAAUGGUGUAUACCGCAAGUGGGUAUGCCGGCGAAUGUCAACUUGACCGUGGGACAGAACAUCACGAUUCAGGUGAUUGAGGCGGCGCAGCACGGAGCUGCUUUGUACAGUUGCGUAGAUGUAACACUCGUCGAGGACGGCAGCCCACAAGUCGAGACAGUCUCGCAAGACAACUGCUACAAUAGCUCAGACCUAGGUUUCCAGCUGGUCUUCACCACGACCGCCUUAGCAUCAGGCGCAUACUCGACAAUGGAACAACCGCCCGUACAAAUGGCGUUUGCAACGGCUUUCUUGCUUCCUCUUCUACUCGCGAUAUUAUGA